AUGACGCGUCAGACUGCUUCAGAAGACCUUUCUCCUACAGAGCUGGCAGAGUUCAGAGAAAUAUUCGACCUUGUGGACCGAGACGGCGGCGGCACAGUGACAAAGGAGGAGCUAGGAGAACUGAUGGACACACUCGGGAUUGAAGCUACUCCCGAGGAGGUUGAUCUAAUGAUCGACGAGAUCGACCAGGACAACAAUGGAGAAAUCGACUUUGAAGAGUUUGUGGCCGUGAUGUCGCGAAAAGUUAACGCAUCGUACACUGCUGACCAGGUCAAGAGCGCUUUCAAGGUUUUCGAAGGAAACUCCCCUCCGGGACACAUCAAAAUAGAAUCCGUCAUGAAGGCGUUGACCACCUACGGGAGCGAGCAACUCACCGAAGAGCAGGCGCACGAUCUAGUCAGCCAGCUCGAGCCGGACCACAACGGCGUCGUAAACUACGUCGAGUACAUCAACAUGAUGAUGAACGACUAGGGACUACGAGAGCGCAGGGGAUUCUUGCCGCCUCCAGGGGAAUGGGCCGGGCAUGGGCCGCAUCAGCGCCCGCAGGAGAAACGCUGGUGCUGUACUGGUCUGGGGCACCGCGAUCUUGGACGUGUCAUAUAUCUGGAACGAGCCCGGGAACUGCACGACUAGUUGUUGCCUUCGGCCGGUCGGCAGCACAAUAAUGGCAGCGCUCAUGAACAACGUUUCGGUGGCGCAGUCACCAUAAGACAAUGCAUGUAUUGUCUCGCUUGUGUGAAGCUUUUAAAUCAGCGGUAACAUGGGAUUUCUCAUGAUGUUCUACCAAGGGUGCUCGAUCAGAGUCGCCUGAUUCUUAGGAGGGCAACUAACCCUGUGGAUUUUCGGUUGUUCAGCGAUUGCCAAAAGGUUGUUUUGCGCUUGCUAAACGUCACAACGUCCUAGGGGCACCAAUCAAGCAUGUCUUUCGGUG